UUACUUAGGUUGUCUUUGUUAAAAUGCAAACACCAUGCAUCCCUCCUUCUCGAUCAAUGGCCACCCAUCGUCUCCCUCUUCCUCUUCCUCUUCUCUGACUAACAAACCCUAACUCUCUCUCUACAAACCUCAAGAUUCCAAUCUCAAGAAAUGAUGAAGAAGAAUACCCUCAUUUCCUUCUCUUUACUAUUCUCCCUCUUUGCCUUCUCUUUCGCCAUAGAAGAUGAUGUCACCUGCCUUGAAGGAGUCAAGAACUCCUUUACAGACCCCCUGGGUCGACUCACUUCUUGGGAUUUCAACAACAACUCUGUUGCUUACAUUUGUAAGCUCAACGGUGUUUCUUGCUGGAACGAGAAGGAGAACCGAAUCAUCAGUCUUCAAUUGCCGCUGUUUCAGCUCUCAGGCAAGUUACCGGAGUCUCUCAAGUACUGUCAUAGCUUAACAACGCUGGAUCUUUCAAACAAUGAUCUUUCUGGGCCGAUCCCACCUGAGAUUUGUAACUGGUUGCCUUAUGUAGUCACUCUUGAUCUCUCCGGGAACAAGUUUUCAGGUCCGAUCCCACCGGAGAUUGUGAAUUGUAAGUUCUUGAAUAGUUUGAUUUUGAGUGGAAAUAAGCUGACUGGUUCGAUUCCUUAUGGUUUUGGUCGUCUUGACCGGUUGAAAAGGUUUUCAGUUGCUUCUAAUGAUCUGACCGGUUCGAUACCGGAGGAGUUGGGGGUUUUUCCGAAGGAUGCAUUUGAUGGGAAUGAAGGGUUGUGCGGUAAGCCUCUAGGGAAGUGUGGUGGGUUGAGUAGUAAGAGUCUUGGCAUUAUAAUUGUUGCUGGGGUUAUUGGUGCUGGUGGGUCUUUGAUUUUGGGGUUUGUGAUUUGGUGGUGGUUGUUUGUUAAGGGAAAAAGCGGUGGUGGCAGUGGCGGCGUCGGCGGAAGUGGUGGUAAGGGUGAUGAUUCUAGUUGGAUUGGGUUAUUGAGGUCACAUAAGCUGGUUCAAGUGACAUUGUUUCAAAAACCUAUUGUUAAGAUCAAGUUGGCUGAUAUUUUGGCUGCUACUAAUAGUUUUGAUUUUGAGAAUGUUGUGAUUUCGACGAGGACUGGGGUUUCGUACCAGGCGGAUUUGCCUGAUGGAUCUAGUCUUGCUAUUAAGAGGCUUAAUACUUGUAAGCUUGGUGAGAAGCAAUUUAGGGGUGAAAUGAAUAGGUUAGGGCAGCUUAGGCAUCCGAAUUUGGUACCAUUGUUGGGUUUUUGUGUUGUUGAGGUGGAAAAGCUUUUGGUAUAUAAGCAUAUGCCUAACGGGACUUUGUAUUCUCAAUUGCAUGGGAGUGGAUUUGGCAUUGGUCAAACUAGUGUUUUGGAUUGGCCUACGAGGGUGAGGGUUGGUGUUGGGGCGGCAAGAGGGCUUGCUUGGCUUCACCAUGGGUGCCAUCCACCAUAUAUUCACCAGUAUAUUAGUUCCAACGUGAUACUUCUUGAUGAUGAUUUUGAUGCAAGGAUUACUGACUUUGGGUUGGCAAGGUUGAUUAGUUCUCCUGAUUCUAAUGAUAGUUCUUUUGUCCAUGGAGAUCUGGGGGAGUUUGGAUAUGUUGCUCCUGAGUAUUCCAGCACUAUGGUUGCAUCGUUGAAAGGUGAUGUUUAUGGCUUUGGUGUUGUGCUUUUGGAGUUGGUCAGUGGACAAAAACCUUUAGAUGUCAGUAAUGCUGAGGAAGGAUUCAAAGGGAAUUUGGUGGAUUGGGUUAAUCAAUUGGCGAGCAUUGGUCGAAGCACAGAUGCCAUUGACAAAGCUCUAGUUGGGAAAGGUCAUGAUGAUGAAAUUAUGCAGUUCUUGAAGGUUGCUUGGAGCUGUGUUGUUUCCAGGCCCAAGGAUAGACCUACAAUGUACCAAAUCUAUGAGUCUCUGAAGGGCAUGGCUGAGAAACAUGGUUUCUCUGACAAAUACGAUGAAUUCCCACUGAUCUUUGGCAAACAAGAUCCUGAUUAUAAGGAGUAGCAUAGGCAGAACAAGAAGAACAAAAUAUUGUUAUCCUUGUGGAGAAUAGUAUCAUUGGGGCAUCUUUGCAUGCCAUGCUAUGUUUCAAAAGACCUUAACUAAAUGGUAUGCUUCUUGUUAUUGUGCUCAAUUGUUGGAUAAUUAUGUAUAUUUCAUGAGGCAUAAGGCAUUGUAGCUUUAAUGUAAGCUUUAAUGCAGCCUAGGAAAUUUUUUCUCUUCCCCACUUGCAAAAUUGUUUCUGAUUGAUCUUUCAUUUGUAAAAUGUUUCUACUGGGAAAAAGCUUGUUUUCAUUGAA